AUGAAAACUGUGCAGAUCAAGUUUGAAAACCUUAUUAUUUGUCAGGCAGUGGAAGAGAUCCUGCGACAGAUCAAGUUUGAAAACAUUAUUAUUAUUUGUCAGGCAGUGGAAGAGAUCCUGCGAUACUUUCUCUCCAGAUAUAGAGAUACUUCAAGAAGUGUAAAGGCAUCUCCAGAAACAGCUGAAAUCUUUUUUCAGAAAUUAAGAAAUAAAUAUGAAUUCACAAUCCUGGUGACCUUAAAACAAGCCCACUUGAAUUCGGGGGUUAUUUUCUCUAUUCAUCAUUUAGAUCACAGGUACCUGGAGCUGGAAAGCAGCGGUCAUCGAAAUGAAAUCAGGUUGCAUUAUCGUUCAGGCAGUCAUCGUUCCCACACAGAAGUAUUCCCAUACAUUUUGGCAGAUGAUAAAUGGCACAGGCUUUCCUUAGCAAUCAGUGCUUCUCACUUGAUUUUACAUGUGGACUGCAAUAAAAUUUAUGAAAGAGUGGUGGAGAAGCCCUUCAUGGACUUACCUUUGGGUACAACCUUUUGGCUGGGACAGAGGAAUAAUGCACAUGGUUAUUUUAAGGGCAUAAUGCAAGAUGUGCAAUUACUUGUCAUGCCUCAAGGAUUUAUUUCUCAAUGCCCAGAUCUUAAUCGCACAUGCCCAACUUGUAAUGACUUCCAUGGACUUGUGCAGAAAAUUAUGGAACUGCAAGACAUUUUAGCCAAAACAUCAGCUAAGUUGUCCCAAGCUGAGCAGAGGAUGAACAAGUUGGAUCAGUGCUACUGUGAAAGGACCUGCACGAUGAAAGGCAUGACGUACAGAGAGUUUGAAUCCUGGACAGACGGCUGUAAGAACUGCACCUGCAUGAAUGGCACUGUGCAGUGUGAGGCUUUGAUUUGCCCCCUCUCUGACUGCCCGCUUAACUCUGCCCUGGCGUAUGUGGAUGGCAAGUGCUGCAAAGAAUGUCAAUCGGUGUGUGUAUUUGAAGGCAGAACCUACUUUGAAGGACAAAGAGAAACUGUGUAUUCAAGCUCAGGGGACUGUGUUCUGUUUGAGUGCAAGGACCACAAAAUGCAGCGUAUUCCAAAAGACAGUUGUACAGCUUUGAACUGCCCAGAAUCUCAACAGAUCCCCUUAUCUCACAGUUGCUGCAAAAUCUGUAAAGGCCAUGACUUUUGCACUGAAGGACAUAACUGUAUGGAGCAUUCUGUCUGCCGAAACCUAGAUGACAGAGCUGUCUGUAGCUGCCGAGAUGGCUUCCGAGCCCUUCGGGAGGACAAUGCCUACUGUGAAGAUAUUGAUGAGUGUGCUGAAGGACGGCACUACUGUCGUGAGAAUACCAUGUGCGUAAAUACACCAGGAUCCUUUAUGUGCAUCUGCAAAACAGGAUAUAUACGCAUCGAUGAUUAUUCAUGUACAGAGCAUGACGAAUGUAUAACAAACCAGCACAACUGCGAUGAAAACGCGCUCUGCUUCAACACCGUGGGUGGGCACAACUGUGUCUGCAAGCCAGGUUACACGGGAAAUGGUACCAUCUGCAAAGCCUUUUGCAAAGAUGGGUGUAGGAACGGAGGAGCCUGCAUUGCUUCCAAUGUGUGUGCCUGCCCACAGGGCUUCACUGGGCCCAGCUGUGAAACUGACAUCGAUGAAUGCUCAGAUGGCUUUGUUCAGUGUGACAGCCGUGCAAACUGCAUUAACCUGCCUGGUUGGUACCACUGCGAAUGCAGAGAUGGCUACCAUGACAAUGGGAUGUUUUCACCAAGUGGAGAAUCCUGCGAAGACAUUGAUGAAUGUGGAACUGGAAGGCAUAGCUGUGCCAAUGACACUGUUUGCUUUAACUUGGAUGGUGGGUACGACUGUCGAUGUCCCCAUGGCAAGAACUGCACAGGAGACUGUAUCCAUGAAGACAAAAUCAAGCACAAUGGUCAGAUUUGGGUUCUGGAGAAUGACAGGUGCUCUGUCUGCUCAUGCCAGAGUGGAUAUGUGAUGUGCCGGCGAAUGGUCUGUGACUGCGAAAAUCCCACCGUUGACCUAUUUUGCUGUCCCGAAUGUGACCCAAGGCUCAGCAGCCAAUGUUUACAUCAGAGCGGGGAGCUUUCCUACAACAGCGGUGAUUCCUGGAUACAGAACUGUCAGCAGUGUCGCUGUUUGCAAGGCGAAGUUGACUGCUGGCCCUUGCCAUGCCCAGAGGUGGAUUGUGAAUUCAGCGUCCUCCCCGAGAAUGAGUGCUGCCCGCGCUGUGUCACUGACCCCUGCCAAGCGGACACCAUUCGCAAUGACAUCACUAAAACCUGCCUGGAUGAAACCAACGUCGUUCGCUUCACUGGAUCUUCUUGGAUUAAGCACGGCACAGAGUGCACCCUCUGCCAGUGCAAGAAUGGCCACGUCUGUUGCUCAGUGGAUCCACAGUGCCUUCAGGAACUGUGA